GCUGCACUGAGGACGUCAGCCUGCUUUGUUUUCGGAAGUUUGUUUGGCUACUUUCUGAAAAUUCUAAGCUACAUGUGUGUUUUAGAUGUUUGUUUACGUCUUAUUUAUCUUAACUAGUCAGGAGGACGUAGCCAGUGUAGUGUGUUAGUGUCGGUGGGCGCAGCAGCAGCAGCAGCAGCGCCAUGUUUCAUAUUGUUUGGGAUCGAGGCUAAUGUAAUGUGUCAGUCUGUUCAAUCCAGCUACAGCCGCUACUGGCGCGAGGAAAGGCUUUACGUUUGACACGUAAAAAGUGGAUGUGCCAUACUUCUUAAAUAGAGAAAUAUGCAGCAGCUACUUUCCCUCAUUCUUUUGAACCUGUCUGGGUUGUGUUUUUCAUCUGCUCUUCCACCAACAGCAGCCCCACUUUUCACUAAACCAUUUGUGGUCAUAUGGAAUGCUCCCAUCUCCACAUGCAGCCAACGGCAGGUCCGUUUGGAUUUGGGUGUGUUUCAGGCCAUCACCACACCUGCCAAAGUCCCGAAUCAAACAUUGACUCUCUUCUACAAAAAUCGAAUAGGUCUAUUUCCUUAUGUUGACCUCUACAAUUUCGUACAGUACAAUGGUGGUAUUCCACAGAAAGGAAACAUAAGUGGCAGUCUACAAAUUGCCAAAAAACAGUUCACCCAGUACAUUCCAUCAUCCACACCUGGCCUGGCUGUCCUUGAUUGGGAAGAGUGGUUGCCUCUGUUUGACCAAAACACAGACAUAAGAGAGAUCUAUAAGGAGUUGUCCAUAAACUACACCCUUCAGCAGAACCCAUCUCUCACAAGCCAACAAGCUACAUUGCAAGCUAAAGAGCAAUUUGAGAAAACUGCCAGAAAUUUCAUGGAAAAAACUUUGCAGUUAGGAAUCUCACAAAGACCAAAUUUUCUCUGGGGAUAUUAUUUGUUUCCUGACUGCAAAAACUAUGAAUUUCUGAACCCAAAUUAUACAGGAACAUGCUCUCAAAAAACAACACAGUUAAAUACUGAACUUCUCUGGUUGUGGAAGGCAAGUACUGCUCUCUUCCCAUCAGCAUACCUGCCUGUUUCUUUUAGUGGAACCCAGAAUGCAGCACUGUUUACCCGAAACCAGGUGCUAGAGGCGAUGAGAGUGGCAGUUAUGCUUCAGCAGCCCUUUAUUACCCCUGUUUACUUAUACCUCCGACCACUUUUGCGAGAACAGAAUGAGCUAUACAUGCAAGAGGUUGACUUGGUUCGGAGUAUUGGUGAGAGUGCAGCUCUGGGGGCUGCUGGAUGUGUGUUGUGGGGAUCUAGCUCUGAUUUUAAAGACAAGGCAUCAUGCGAAUCCCUUUCUACGUACUUGUCUAACACACUUAAUAAAUACAUCAUCAACGUUACAACUGCAGCUGAGCUGUGCAGUGACCGGCUAUGUCAAGGUAAUGGGCGCUGCGUCCGUAAAAGGAAUGACUCAGAUGACUACCUACACCUCAACAUAAAAAGCUUUAAUAUCCAGAUGGUUGAUGGGAUGUACAACAUCACUGGGGAACCUUCCGUCACCGACCUCACUGCCUGGGCUGACAAGUUCAAUUGUCAGUGUUAUGAGAACCAGCAAUGCAGAGCGCAAAUUUCCUCCAGAUUUGAGUAUAAUGAAAGAAGGGUCACUGGUCAUCUAAUAGUACUGCUUGCUGCAUAUCUGCUAAUUGAAUUGUCUUAGUGUUCUAGUAAUCAACAAUUUACUCUAAAUGAAAAUACAAAUUUCACUCAACAUCUUUCAGUCAAGAAGACUUAUUUUAUCUGUCCCUGUAAGCUCUUAUAUAUAAAUGAUGAUAUAGGUUUAGUUAUAUUUUUAUUAUUAGUUUUUAUGUUCGUUGACAUGUCUGAAAAAGAAAUCUACUACCACAUGUGAAAUGUACAUUUAUAUAUUUUGUUCUUCCAUCUGUCGAUGUUUUUCUUUUAGCUGUGGGGUGGCCACAGCGAAUAUACCACAUAGUAUUUGGUUUGGCACAGAUUUUACACUAGGUUUCCUCCCUGGUGCAAAUCUCUUAUUUUUUCUUGGCUUAGACCGGCAUUGAGAAGGAACUGUUUGACUCCAAUGGCUGGGGAUCAAACACCAUGAGACAGGUGGACAUAUUUAAAACUUUGACUAAUAUUAAUUUAGUACUACUGAUAUACUAACUGUAAGCAUCAGAAGUUUGCAAAACUUUUGUAUAUUGUAGCCCAAUAUUAGCUUUUUAUUAUUAUUUAUUUUUAUUUGCAAUAUAUACAGUAUUUUGCUUUGUGGUUAAUUUUAACAAUAAAGAUUCUGCACUAUU